AUGGAGUGCGACGUGGCAAGGCAUCAUAUAGACUCGUUCAACUACCUGCUCGACCCAGGAGUCGAUUUGGCGGCCAAAAGCCUUACCCCGAUCAAGUUCCGAUGGCCCAGCGGCGAGGCGGUGAUAAUGAAGUACAAAGGGGCGAGGAUCGAGAACCCCAGAAUUGGCAGCACGGAUGAACCGAUGUACCCGUCGGAAUGUCGUCAGCGGGGAAUGACUUACCGUGGCCGUCUCCUUGUCGAUAUCGAGAUCACGCUGAAUGGUUUGCUACUCGAUAAUCUCAACGAUGUCUAUAUUGGGGAUGUUCCUAUUAUGUUGAUGUCAAAAAAGUGUAAUCUGCAAAAACUUAAUCAGAAACAACUGGUGGCUAACGGCGAAGAGGCGACGGAACGUGGAGGUUAUUUCGUCAACAAGGGAUCAGAAAAAGUCAUUCGAAUGCUGAUCGCCAACAGACAAAAUUACCCAAUUUCCAUCGUCAGGGAGAGCUUCAGGGACAAGGGAAUGCUCUAUUCGAAGUAUGGUGUAAUCCUUCGUUCGGUCCUUGACCUCCACACCACAUCCAUGAUCACUAUGCAUUACUUGGAAAGUGCCACCAUGGUCGUUGCUAUCCAGUACGAAAGAGAAACUUUCUACAUACCGCUAAUGUAUAUCAUCAAGUCGCUGACGAAAAAGAGUGACUCCGAGCUGGACACGAUCUUUAGAAGGGGUCGCCAGGAUGACAUGUUUUGGAAAUCGAUUGUCUCGAAUAUGAUGCUGCAAUGUCAGGAAGAUGGGAUCCUUCAUCAGGAAGUGGCAUUGAAGACGCUCGGCACUCGUUUCAGACAAAGCCUUAGCCUACGCAUGGGGCCUUGGGAGGACGUUUUGGACGCUGGUAAAUAUCUGAUGGAUCGUUGCGUGGCAAUUCAUUUGAAAGACUGGGAAGAUAAGCUGCAUCUGUUGGUCUACAUGGCGCAGAAGCUCUAUGCGCUUUCGACGGGACAAUCGGCGCCGGAAUCGCCCGACAACCCACAAUUCCAAGAGGCUGCCCUUGGUGGUCACAUCAUGUUGCAGAUUUUGAGGGAGAGAAUGGAAAGCGUGCUGAGGAUUUGUAAAUUUGUGUUGGUUAAGAAGGCGACCCGGUCGCCAAAAUAUGUCCUUUCUAGUGCCGAAGUUCAGCGUAUCCUGCUCCCGAGCACAAAGGGGAAGAACGAGAUUACGCAAGGAAUCGAGUAUUUCAUAGCUACCGGAAAUCUGGUCACGAAGCUGGGAAUCGGCCUUCAGCAAUACACGGGUUACUCGGUGGUCGCCGAACGGAUCAACCAACUCCGUUUCAUCUCGCAUUUCAGAGCCAUUCACAGGGGCGCUUUCUUCACGGAAAUGAGGACGACUGAUGUCCGCAAACUUCGGCCGGAGUCUUGGGGAUAUAUUUGUCCCGUCCACACUCCCGACGGAGCCCCUUGCGGUCUUCUAAAUCAUAUCACAGCUGGUUGCCGGAUCGCCACACAUUACUCUGACACUUCCAAGCUAAUGUCAUUCAUGCAACGGCUCGGAUUGUACACCCACCAGAUGAUGACAUUUGUGCCACCCGAUGUUGAGAUGUACCCCGUCUAUGCUAUGGGAAAUCAUGUCGGCUUCAUCCCGGUGGGCAAAGCACCGGUUUUCGAGCGGCUUCUCCGUUUGGCUAAAGUCUCAGCCACCGACACGCGCGUUCCAUUCGAUGCUGAGAUCGCAUUGGUUCGAAAAUCUCCUGAUCCCAAGAAUAUCAUCACGCAGCAUCCGGGCGUCUACAUUUUCACCGAGCCGGCCAGAAUGUAUCGUCCCGUUCGUAAUUUGAUCACGGACAGCACCGAAAUGAUCGGCAUUUUCGAGCAAGUAUACCUUUCCGUGGCAUUGGACCCUGAAGACGCGGAGCCUGGAGUCACCCUGCAUCAGGAACUGCACCCUUCGUGCCUCUUUUCCUAUGCAUCGAAUCUGAUCCCGUUCCCGGAUCACAAUCAGUCGCCCCGCAACAUCUACCAAUGCCAAAUGGCGAAGCAGACGCUCGGUACCGCAAUCCAUUCCUGGUUCUAUCGCAACGACAACAAGAUGUAUCGACUGCAGUUUCCGCAAAAACCGCUGCUCAAAACGGAGGCGCACGACCUCUACGGGAUGGACGAAUAUCCAUCCGGGACGAAUGCUUGCCUAUUUGACCGACAAUUAGGCUACGACAUGGAAGACGCGAUGGUGAUCAAUCGCGGUUCCUUUCAACGAGGUUUCGCUCAUGGCACCGUCGUCAAAGUCGAAGAGGUUGAUCUAACCGAGAAAAAUGGCCAAGAGUUGAUCUUCUUCAUGGAGAAUCCAGCAGGCACGCUCCACAAGACAAUCGACCCCGAUGGACUGCCCAUUCAGGGACGGCGAUACCAAGAAGGCGAACCUUACAUGACGACCUUCAAUCUGGAAACCGGUCAGCAACGCGUUCACAAAUUCCACUACGCCGAGCCGGCCUACUGUGGAUUCGUGCGCCUCGUCACGUCAGACGAAUAUCCGAAUCUUGCCGUGAAAGCGUUGAUCCAAUGGCGAAUUGAGCGCAACCCCAUCAUCGGCGACAAGUUCGCUUCCCGCCACGGGCAAAAGGGCAUCAAUUCGUUCCUGUGGCCGGUCGAGUCCCUUCCGUUCUCAGAAAGCGGUGUGGUGCCGGACAUCAUUUUCAACCCGCACGGCUUCCCGAGUCGGAUGACCAUCGGUAUGAUGAUCGAGUCUAUGGCUGGUAAGGGAGCCGCGAUGCACGGUGCAGGAUAUGAUGCUUCUCCGUUCGUCUUCAACGAAAACAACACGGCCAUUGACCAUUUUGGCACGCUAUUAAAGAAAGCCGGCUACAAUUACUUCGGGGAAGAGACGAUGUAUUCGGGAAUCGACGGCCGCGAGUUUACCGUGCAAAUUUUCUUCGGAAUCGUCUACUACCAGCGCCUGCGUCACAUGAUUGCCGAUAAAUUCCAGGUACGCGCAACCGGGUCGGUCGACUACGUUACACACCAACCGGUGAAGGGAAGGAAGAAGGGCGGAGGUAUCCGUUUCGGUGAAAUGGAACGUGAUGCCAUCAUCUCACAUGGUGCAUCUUUUAUGCUACAGGAUCGUCUAUUGAACUGCUCGGAUCGCGAUAUCGCACACGUUUGCCGAAAAUGCGGUUCUCUUCUGUCAGUGCUAGCCGGAACAAUCGCCCAGCGAACUAUGCAAAAGGGUGGCAAGACGUAUAAGUCUACUACGGACUAUACGGACAGGCCAAUGUGCCGCUUCUGCGACACUGACAAGGACGUGUACGUGAUCCAGCUGCCACAUGUCCUCCGUUUCCUGGUGGCUGAACUGGCAGCCAUGAAUGUGCGACUCGUGGCCGGAAUCGAGCACCCUACGAAGAUCCGAAGA